AUGUUUACUUCUACCAACGGUACCCGUAUUGUCUUGACCAAAACUGAAGAAGUCUACUCCAGUCCAGAGAGUAAAGAUGCAGAGAACCGCACACAGCGGUCAUCUUCUAAUCUAAUUCCGAACUAUGGAGGCCUUCCAGAAUCGAAGAUGUUUCCACCUUUCUUGAGAUACGCAAAAAGCACAGAUUGCGGUAGCUACGCGAACAGAGGGAAAUAUUUAGGAGGAGAAUUCGCCGAUUUCGAGAACGCAGCUCAGGUAGUAACCUACGCACAUAGCAUGGGAAGAGGCUUCAAAACCUCAGGCGCUAAGUAUCUCGAGAAAACAGAUGAGGUAACAGAAAAACCGUCAGAGAAAGAAAUGAAGGAAGAUUCAUACGACGAAGAUGAUGCAAAUAACGGAAAAGAGGGAAAGGAGAGCUACUGGGAACGGCGAAGGAAAAACAAUGCCUCGGCGAAAAAGUCGCGUGAUGCAAGGAAAUUUCGUGAACUGCAAACGCAAUUAAAAGCGGCUUUCCUUGAGAGAGAGAACUUGCGAAUGCGUACAGAGCUUAUGAUCAUCCUAAAAGAAAACGCUUGUUUGAAACGAGUUUUAUGCGCCAAAAUGACAUGA